UUCCCGUGAUGCUGUUUAUUGUGGCAACAGUUCCCAGCAACUGGCCAGAUGCUGACUGCCACCUACAGAGCUUUUAAAAACCAGCGAAGAGACAGAGACUGGAGGCACCCGGGCGCUGGACCUCAAGCGCCAGCGGCCAGGGAGCUCACAGGAGCGCUUGGAGACAGGAGACAGGCGCACCAUGGGGUGCGGACCUUCCCAGCCAGUGGAAGAACCCAGAGGCAUCCCUGCACCCAAGAAGGUCUGGGAAGAGGGAUUCAAGGCUGAUGUGACACAUUCCACGCAAAGCUACAGACCGGAGAUUGAAGUCAAAGAUACUUCAGGUAGUUCCCAAAGCCUGGAAAAUCAAGACCAGCUAGGAAGCUUACCAGGUACCAUUCCUGAAAGCUCUCCCUCUCAUAGAGAAAGGAAAGAAAGAGCAAAUUCAGAACUAGUGACCAAUGGAUUAGCUCAUAAACCUCAACCCCUAGAGAAUCGAGAACGACAGAAAUCAUCAGAUAUCCUGGAGGAAUUAAUCAUUCAAGGAAUAAUACAAAGUCACAGCAAAAUAUUUAAAAAUGGAGAAUCAUAUGAUGUCAUGGUGAAUCCAACUGAGACACCACUGAGAAAGCCACCAGCCAGACUGAAAAAACUAAAGACCAAAAAGGAACUGAAAGCUUUCACAAUGAAGGACAUAGAAGAGAAGAUGCAGGCAGUAGAGGAGCGCAGAAAGACUAAAGAAGAAGAGAUAAGGAAAAGGCUAAGAAGUGAACGUCAUCUCCCCCCAGCCCAUCCCUCAGAUUCAGCUGCACCAAGAGAUGCUGAGGUUCCUUUUGCCAAAGAACUUGAUCAAUCUAACCUUCAGGAAGGAAUGCCAUUAAAAAGGAAAAAAAGUCAAAGUGACACAACUUACAGAAGUGACAAUUAUGAAGGUAUCGGGGUAGUAAUAGAAUCAGACAUGUCCUACAACAAAGCAGAAGACAUGUUCUGAUAAGUCAUUUUAUGUGAAUCUCAUCAAAAUGCUUCCAUUUUCCCAAGUUGUGACAUUCUAAGUAUGUUCUUCGACUGCUUGACCUCACUCACCUCACUGGGACUUCUGUCUUGGGCUUUUUACUGGUUAUGUGAGAUGCCUGGACUGGAAACUAGCUGAGAAAAUUAAAUCAAAUCAGUGUGCUAGAUAAAAAAUAAAUAAAAAAGAGAUGAGGAAAGAAAACUAGACAAGUUUCAUUGCUGUAAAGUUGGCAUUUUUCUUCAAUGUGGCUUCAAACAUUAUAAAGAUAUUUCUUUUCUUUAUCACUACCUUUCAAAUUACAUUAAUGUGCUUGUGCCAAAUGAAAUCCCUUUUUUUUUUUUUCUUUUUCCUUCCAGGGUUAUUGCUGGGCUCGGUGCCUGCACCAUGAAUCCACCGCUCCUGGAGGCCAUUUUUUCCCCUUUUUGUUGUAGCUUCGUUGUGGUUAUUAUUAUUGCCAUUGUUGGUGUCGUUCGUUGUUGGAUAGGACAGAGAGAAAUGGAGAGAGGAGGGGAAGACAGAGAGGGGGAGAGAAAGACAGACACCUGCAGACCUGCUUCACCGCCUGUGAAGCGACUCCCCUGCAGGUGGGGAGCCGGGGGCUCGAACCGGGAUCCUUAUGCCGGUCCUUGCGCUUUGCGCCACAUGCGCUUAACCCACUGCGCCACCGCCCGACCCCUGAAAUCCUUU